AUGACGAUGGCUGAACGAAAUAAAAAAGUACCCCAGGGAGGUACCGGUCGCUCUGCGGCCGGAGAAUCCUCCCCCACCGCACCGGAUUUGCCGGGGGUGGGCUGUCCCGCGUCUUCUGGGGGGGACACGCUCAGUCGUAGGAGGGAGUGGGAGAAAGAGGUCAUGAGGUGCGUCGAGGCCGUACAGGGGAUUGAGGAGCUGGAAAUCCACGUGGCCGGCAUGGACUCCGAGUGUACGGAGUCCGGACUGUCGGUUGCGUCGGAGGACUGCCGCAACUCCCUGUCGGUAACGACGGAGGACUGCCUGAGGGUGAGCACGUCGCCCAAAAGGCUUAGGCGUAAGAGGCGUGUCGUCGAGAAGUCACAACACCUUGACUCCGACGACGACGUCGAAGUGGUGCAGGUGGAGCGGGCUGCGAUCCCGAAGAUAGGUGGGAAGGGGAAGCGCAGGCCAGCCUCCCGCAUGGAGACAGAGGGUUCGGCCUCGGCCGGAUCCUCCAGGUCCGUCUCCGCGUCGAGGACUGCCGUCCGCCGAUCAACUGCGGACGAGUCGUUGCGCGCCGAUGAGCUGGGCGCCAAAAUAGAGGACAGUGCACUUCAGGUACUCGCCGCCAUAAAGAAGUCCGGCAACCUGAAGGGCACCAUUGUAAAGGACGUAAAGGACGCCGUCUCUGCCAUCCGUUCGGCGUCCGAUGUCCUCAAAGAGCGGUCGACCAGCGCGGAGGUAAUGGCCCUCACGAGGCAGGUCGCCAUGCUGCGUGUUGAGCUGGACGAGGCCCAGCAGCUGUCAAAUGCGGCGGUCCAGGAGGGCCUGAAGGAGAGGCGCGAGUUGGUCGCCCUCCGGGUGAAGGCCAGUUCCUUCGCUUCAUUGGCGGAACAACUCGAGCUGAUGAAGACGGAGAGGGAGGAGUGGCAGCGGCAGGCACGGGAGAGCGCCAGACAACUGGAAGACCUAAAGAAGUCAAGCGCUCUAGACCGUGUAGCCCUGCAAAAGGCUUUGCGAAGGCUGGAGGAGGCGGAAACCGCCGCGCAACUCCCGCCAGUGGUGAUCACCGGGGCGACGGCGGAAGUGCCGGAGGGUAUCACGCCCCAGACCGUGCCCGAGCACGCUGAGGACCGGAUCAUCCGGCGAGUGGGCGAGCUCAUGAACAUCCGCUUCGCCGAGAUGGAGGAGCGGAUCUCGGUGAAGCGAACGCGGGUUCAGAAGGCCGCGAAGAGUGCGCCCGCCGCCGGAUCAUCCGGCACGGUGGCUGGUGGGACCUCGCAGACCGGGGAGCCCAGUGGAGGACGUGCCUCUCAACCGUCGACGUCCGGAGCAAACAAGGAGGGCUGGGCGACGGUUGUGAGGCGCGGGAAGCGCAAAGGUGCUGGCGCAAGCCAGACAGGUCCCACCAGCGCGCGACCAACGAAGGCGCCAAGCGGCGGCCAUAAAGAGGAACCGCAGCGGAAGCCUUCCGCGCGGAAGGUGAAGGCACGCCCCCCUCGAUCGUCGGCGGUCGUCCUGACCAUGAGGCCGGGAGCCGAGGAGAGGGGCGUCACCUAUGGGUCGGUGCUCACCGAGGCGAAGGCCAAGAUUUCCUUGGCCCAGCUCGGUAUCACCGACCUGAGGUUCCGCGUGGGAAGGACCGGAGCCCGUAUUUUAGAAAUACCCGGCGCGAACACAGGCGAGGCGGCAGACGCGUUAGCCGCCAGGAUCGAGGAGGUCCUGCCCGAGGACGUCGUCCGGGUCUCCAGGCCAGUUAAGUCGGCCGAACUGAGGAUCGGAGACCUGGACGACUCGACACUGGUGGCUGACGUUGUCGUCGCCGUGAUGCGCGAGGGGGGUUGCCUGGAGUCCGCGGUUAAAACCGGGGAAAUCCGGCGCAACUCCCAGGGUACGGGCUCCGUGUGGGUGCGGUGCCCAGUGGCCGCCGCUAAGAAGUUGGCCGAGGCCGGCCGGCUUAGGAUCGGGUUAGUGGUGUUCACCGGGAGCGGCUGCACUGUGCAGGGGUUAACUCUGCCUAGUGCGCCCGCUCCAGGGGAAACCCUGGAGCAGUUUGUGGAGGCGCAAGCCUCCAUUGUACCCGCCCGACUUAGGUCGGGCGUGACCCCUUUGUUGUCGGGUUGA